AUGCAGCGCAUUCUCAUGUCGUUGUCCUUACUCGCCUCGGCGGCUGUCGGCGUCUUGGCUGCCGAGACUCUCGGGGUUGAUGUCACGCUUCCGGUCGAGUGCGACCGGAAGACUAAGAAGGGAGACAAGAUCAAUGUCCACUACCGGGGCACACUGCAGUCCAACGGCGAGAAAUUCGAUGCUAGCUACGAUCGCGGGUCACCAUUCAGUUUCAAGCUCGGCGGUGGCCAGGUUAUCAAAGGAUGGGAUGAAGGACUUCUUGAUAUGUGUAUUGGCGAAAAGAGGACCUUGACUGUCCCGCCCAGUUACGGAUACGGCCAGAGAUCAAUGGGGCCUAUCCCUGCCGGGUCUACCUUGAUUUUUGAGACUGAGCUAGUAGGAAUUGACGGUGUGGCGAAGCCCGAGUCCAUCGUCACCAAGGUCGCUGUCAACGAGAAAGCCGAGGAGACGAGCGCAAGGCUGGCCGAGAAGGUGGCCAGCGCUAGCACAAUGAGCUCUAGAUGGGGGUGCUCCUACCUCCCGCCCCUGAAUUUCAUCACCCUGCACUAUGGCUACUUUGUCAGCGUUUGCCUCGUUGCCUCACUCAUUUUCUGGCUGUCAUCGGACCCGAGCUGGAGCAUCAGCUAUACCGAUAGUCUUUUCCUUGUCGUCAGCGCCAUGACUGAGGCCGGCCUGAACACGGUCAAUCUGAGCCAAAUGACGACGUGGCAGCAGACCUUGCUGUUUCUACUCAUAAUAUUCGGAAGCUCCAUCUGGGUUUCAAUCUGGACCAUCUUGGCUCGCAAGCAUGUGUUCGAAACGCGCUUCUACGACGUGGUCCACGCCGAGCGCAUGCGGCGGGCGAGCCGUCCCGGCAGUACAAGCAGCCCGAGUCUUCGGCGCCUGUUUGUCUGGUUUCGAGGAGACUCCGUACUUGCGGCCACAGCUACCGGGAGACCAGUAUCUGUAUCCGGCAGUGGCGGUCGGACGACCCCCGAGGACGCCCACCCUCGUUCCCGGCCCGCUGCUCCGUCCGACGUGGACCGAAUCGAGCCAGCAAUGGCCACUUCGGCCAACAUCGAUGCUGCUGCUGCCGCUGCCACUUCCUCCCUCCAAGUAUCUAUUGACCCCGUCCAUAUCGCCUUUGUAGAUAGCCCGCACCCAAACACGGCGGCUCAUUCCAAUGCAGCAUCGUCGUCAACUCGGCACCAUCGCCCGGGGGGCCGUCUCUCGCGCAGGAACGGCACUGCGCAUGGUGGGGACCCAGCGAGCAAGAAGGGCGAAUUCAGUAUGCGACACUUCCUCUCGUAUCAUACAGCAGGGAGAAACGCGCAGUUUCACGGCUUAUCUCGCGAAGAGCGUGAACACCUCGGCGGCUGCGAAUACCGUGCCCUCAAAGUCCUCUCUGUUAUUGUACCACUGUAUUUCUUCCUAUUCCAGAUUUUGGGCUGUAUUGCGUUGGGCGCUUGGAUCAAUAACCACCAACCGGGACCGCCACUCGGAAACGGCAUCAACCCUUGGUGGUUAGGUGUCUUCAACGGGGCCUCUGCAUUCAACAACUCGGGAAUGUCUUUGCUGGAUGCCAACAUCAUCCCAUUCCAGAAUUCCAAGUUUGUCCUGGUGACCAUGGGAUUGAUGAUUCUGGCGGGAAACACAGCGUAUCCUAUCUUUCUGAGGCUCAUUAUAUGGUCCCUUCUCAAGCUUCUGACCUGGACCACUGGGACAAACGAAUUUCGCGAGCUCAAGGAUACUCUUAGGUUCAUCAUUGCAUAUCCUCGACGGGUUUAUACCAAUCUCUUUCCAGCCCGCCUCACUUGGUGGCUGCUCUUUAUGCUCGUUCUGCUCAACAGUAUUGACUGGGUCGCCUUCGAGCUCCUCAACCUUGGUAACCCUGCCAUUGAGAGUAUCCCUCCUGGAUCACGCGCGCUCGACGGACUCUUUCAGGCAGUCGUUCUCUACGUGAUAAUGAUGUAUAUAUCUGUUUACCCCGUGGUAAUCACGAUGCGUCACUCCAAUGUCUACGAAGAACGAUCGCUUGGUAUCUACGCUGAAGACGGGGCCGCCGAGGCAGAUCCCGAAAGGGGUUCCCAGCCAGACCACCCACUGGCAUCCACACACACACCCUGGCUGGGCCACAGCAGCCCGGCAGCCACGAUUGGUCGCGCUCUGCAUCGUUCUUUUACAUGGCAGGGCGUUGGCGUCCAGCCGCCCUCACAGCGGCCUGAGUCGCGCAUUAGCUUCAUCAGUCAGCAAAUCCAUGGCCAGCUGGCACACGACAUAUGGUGGCUAGUUCUAGCAACGCUUGUCAUUGUGACCAUAGAAACGGCCAAUUUUCUUGCCGACCCCGUCAACUUCAGCGUCUUCAACGUGAUAUUUGAGAUCGUCUCGGCCUAUGGUUGCGUCGGUAUCAGCGUAGGUGCCCCUCGAGACUCGUUCAGCUUCAGCGGCGCAUGGCGGAUAGCCUCGAAGCUGGUGCUAUGUGCAGUCAUGCUGCGCGGUCGCCACCGUGGGCUUCCUGUCGCGCUCGACCGAGCAGUACGUCUACCUGGCGAGGUAUUGCACCGGGAAGAAGAAGAAGAUCAUCGUAUCCGGAGGAGCCUUACGAAUCGUCGGGUUAGCCUUGAGGCCUAG